CAACGAGAAAUGUAACGGCUGUGAGUUGUAUCGAAGCAUUUUUCCUUGGAAUUAGGAAUUGAAAUGUUUCAAUAGUACAAUGAACAUACAAAAAUAAGGGAAAUUUAAGGAUUCGUGAGGUAUAGCGAUAAGGAAAAUUCAGUGUGGUGCAUUGUUCUAUUUGGUAAUUUUGGUUGUUGUAGGUCUUCGAUAGCACGCGGUUAAAACAUGGAUGAUACUAUUACACAAGAGUCGGAGAGGCGGAAAAGCAAUCAGAAGAAAAAGAAAAAAAACAAAACGAUCGCUGCAGAUGAGCAGGAAUCUGUGAUCUUUGGCGAUGCUGAUGGUUCCCAAAAGGAAGCAGAAACUACGACAGAACAGUCGCCUGUUGCUCGGAAAAAGCACAAAAAAACCUCAAGGACGAGGAAUCCUCUAAUCCUCAAAGAGGAAUCCACACAGUCUGAUAGUGCGAAUAGGAAUCUUCGAAACGAGAAACAAUCCACUCCAAAACAAACUCACGAGCAACAAUCUACUGCAUUACAAUGUGGCGAUGCAAAUGGUUCUCGUAGUGAGGAUCAAGCUACGACAGAACAACCUGUUCGAAAAAAGCACAAGAAAUCCUCAAAGACGGGACAGGAGUCUUCACAAUCUGAUAGUGCCGAUACCAAACGAAAACAGAAACAAUCCACGCUAAAACCGAGUGCUGAUGUCAAAGAAGAAUCCAAACGAAGCCCGGAAAAAAUGGCGCCAACUCCGUCGCCUAUACAACCACUAUUGAAACAAGAAUGGACCGACGAUCAGGAACAUAAGCUGCUGGAAAAUGUAAAGAUGUACGCCUCGAAAUUAACUGGAAGAGUGCGACACUCACAACGCGUCAACUGGUCUAAUGUAGAAAAGGUGGAUAAUUUCACAGAGACUGAAAUUCAAGAGAAGUACAAAGAGCUGACGAAGAGGGUACGGAAGACCCGAAGUGUUUCCGAGAUCAUUGAAGACGCUCUUACCUUGCACGCGGAGAAGCAGAAUACGCCACCCAAAAUCAGAAAACUUGGAAAACAGCGACCGAGUGCUUUUUCAAUUUUCUGCAAAGCAAAGCGAUCAGGUCUUGUUGAAAAAUAUCCUGAUUUGAAAUUUAUGGAUGUUCAUAAAAGACUUUGCCAAAGGUGGAAGGAUCUUUCUGAAGACAAGAGAAAGAUUUAUAUUGAAAAGGCGGAAGUAGCUCGGAUAGAAUAUGAUGAAGAAAUGAGGAAGUUCAAUGAGAAAAGAAUCUCUGCACUUAAGAAACCAAUGUCGGCGUAUGACCUAUGGAAGAUGGAGCGUUUACAGGACGACAGCUUUGAGGGAGAUGAGACCGAGAGUGAUUUUUUGUUAGAAUGGGAAAACCUGCCUAAGUCGAAUAAAAAUGGUUGGGUUCGCACCGCGGCGUUUGAGCAAGAGAAAUACGAUUCGAAAGUAAGGAGCAUAGCGGGUGGAUUUCGCCGACAGGGAAAAGCUGGGAAAAUUAAUGAGGAUAAAAAAGAUGCUUCUGAAACAAAAACAAAGGAAGAAUCCACGUCAGAUGAUCUGCACCAACAAAGUUCCUCAUCACCUGAUAACUCCAGGCUGAAGAGAAAAAGUGAUAAUUCAGAGCCAGCUGUGAAGGCCCCUGUUAAAAAAGUCAGCAAGAAUGACUCCAGUAGUGGUUCGGAGAGUAGUGAUUCGGACAGUAGUGAUUCGGACAGUAGUGAAUCGGACAGUAGUGAAUCGGACAGUAGUUAAGAACCCGUGAUAAGUGCGGUACUUUUAAAUCUAAAAAAUUCAUAUUUUUUACAGCUUGUGCUAGCAAAAUAGGGCAAAUAUGCAGAUUGAGAUUUUUUUUGUAUCAUGAUUUCAUUUUUUCUUAGGAAUCGGCGCAAGUGACGUGUUAGUUCAACUGAGACUGUGCUUCAAAGUAUCAAUAUGACAUUGGAAUCAAAAGAAAGUUAAAAAUUCUUUUUAAUGGUUCUGUAGCGUCUAUUCGGACUUUCCAACUAUUCUUAACCUACUACGUAGCUUGUUUUGUUUUUUAAUCAUUUUCUAGUGAUGCCUGAUGGGAAGUUGUGUUGUAAUGUUAACAUAGACAUUAAUAUACGUAUAAUACAUACACGUAUAUUCACAUGUAAACAUGUAUACUCUAUUAUUCUCAACUAAAAACCACACAUUGGUCUUA